CGUACGUCAGUGUGCCUCUACGUUCUCGUAGACGAUCUUUGUUCUGAAGCCACCUCUCUCAGGUCCAAACUCGUGAACAGAUGAUUGUUGUGAGGCUCGAUACACAAAUUCGGGGACAACUUGGGCGAAGAAGACAAAAUGUUGUUGGCGAAAUUCUGUGUGAAGCACAGAGAAGUAGACGUUCUUCUCCAUCGGGGUGUUUUAGCGUGGAGGGACGUGAGAACACGGAGCUCCGACAUCAGCAACACUUCAGGUGCCAUCCAGGUCUGCGAAAUAGUUGCUGUCCAAGAGACUGAAGAAGGUGGCCUAAACAAAGCAGAGGUCGGAAGGACACCAACAAAGCAUCACGUCGAGAUCUUCCCACACGGGUUCAAAGUUUUCUACGUCACCCGAACAAGACGACAUCGAUGGCGCUGCAGUGACGUCACCUUCCAUUCAGCCGACGGCCUUCUUUGUAAGGAGUGGGUCAACGUUAUCAACGGCCAGCUUUGGUCAAUGACUAACCGGCCGAAGACGCUUUUAGUCUACAUCAAUCCCUACGGAGGGAAGCAAUGCGGAAAGCUCAUUUACGAGCAGAAGGUGGCGCCGCUCUUUCGCCGCGCCUGCAUCUCUGCUGAUGUGAUCGUUACUGAGCGGGCCAAUCACGCCAGAGAACACUUGAACAAUGAGGCUGAUCUUGACAAAUAUGACGGGAUUGUCUGUGUCGGCGGUGAUGGGAUGUUCAGCGAGAUCCUACAUGGGUUGGUCACCAGGACCCAAAAGGACCACAACAUUGAUCUCAACCAGUGUGACGCCAACUUUAUCCCAAGUUCUCUUCGCAUUGGAAUCAUUCCCGCAGGUUCUACCGAUUGUAUAUGCUUCGCCACCGUCGGCACCAACGACCCGGUGACAUCAGCUCUCCACAUCAUCAUUGGUGACUCCCAGCCCAUGGACGUCUGCGCCGUGCACCACGACAACACUUUCCUCAGGUGCUCCGUCUCAUUGCUCGGCUACGGUUUUUAUGGAGACAUGCUGACAGACAGCGAGAGGAUGAGAUGGCUGGGUCCCGCCAGAUACGACCUGUCAGGGGUAAAAACCUUUCUGAGCCUCAACAAUUACGAAGGCACCGUCUCCUUCCUUCCUGCCGAGGACGACAAGGGGAACCCCAGGGACGAGCACCGCUGUCGGGCGGGGUGCGGCGUCUGUCAGCACAGUAACUCAUCAGAGAACCUGUGCAGUGGAACGUCGGAGGAAUGUGAAAAGCCUAACAAAGCAUCACGCUGGGUCAAAAUCCGUGGCCGGUUCAUCGCCAUCAACGCAGCGAGCAUGAGUUGCGCUUGUCCUCGGAGUCCUCAAGGCCUCUCUCCAGCCGCCCAUCUGGCCGACGGCACCACAGACCUGAUCCUGGUGCACAAGUGUUCCAGGCUGGAUUUCCUCCGGCACCUUUUCCGACACACAAACAAAGACGAUCAGUUUGACCAUCCCUUCGUCGAAGUCCACAGAGUGCAACGGUUUCGCUUUGAGCCCCGACACAGUGAGGCGGUCUCUGUGGAGGACUUGAGUGAUCCCCAGAACAAGGUGGGAUUCAGCCCCAUUUGCCUACCAACCAGAACCUGUGACUUCAGUCCGGCCCAAAGCAACUGGAGCUGUGACGGGGAAAUCCUGCCUCACACCGCCAUUCAAGUGAGUGUCCAGCGCCAGCUGAUUCGGCUGUUUGCCCGCGGCAUCGAGGAUCAGCAGCAGUGCCUGUUUGAGGAGCCGUGUUCACUGUGGGCCCGGACACAAGAACACAUGAAGAGUUAGCGCAGCGACAGCUGAUUUGCUGACAGCUUCCUGGACUCAGUGGGAUAUCUGCUCUCCCAUGGAAUGAUCACGCGCUGCUCAGGUCUGUAGCUGUGUGGUGCUUACUGGUUCUGAGGUGGACUGGUCUAGAUGAAGAAUCUGAAGAAGCUGAGCUGGUUUUAGCUGGACUGAAACAAGCAGCAAGGCCAGACAGUAGUGUCCCUUUGAACUUACUGUUUUGUUAGAGCUCCUUUCCUCAAGCAGUUGUAUGUGCAGUCUCCAUUACUAUCUACAGCAUAUCAUAACAGUGUAACCACACGUCAUUGAAGAUGCAAUAGGAAAGCACCAAUGCCUGAAGGAGGAAUCAGUGAAGGGCCCAAAUAAAGCCUUAAAUUAUUAUUUAUUUGAUUUCAUUUCUGUCUUCAUGUCAAAUAAGUACGUGCUGAAUCCCAAAAGAUUCAACCAACUGUCGAUAGCCCAAAGCUGAACAUUGGAAAAGAACACAAAAGCAAGAUGUGAGAACCAGCGCUGUAGCAGGCCACAGGCUCAAGACCUUCUUAACAAUGCUAAGAGAACACAGCAACCUACUCACUGCAGGAAAAGCAGGACGAUUCAUCUCUGACACUUGUAGAAGUGGACUGAGAGGCUCUAAUAAAAAGAGGUAAACACCUUGCUUGGACACUAACAGGACCUCAGUGGCGUUUGGUAAUAAGGCAAAGUGGUUGCUAAGUGGUUUGAGUGGCUCCUUGUUGGCUACGACACACAAGGCAGAGAACAUCUUCAUGCGAACUGCUGGUCAAGUGAACUGUGAGUGUUAGAUACGGGUCAUGAUCGAAGAGAACCACACAUGUGCGAGCAGGCAGUGAUGAGUCUCCUACUGGCCGUUUGGCAGAUGCUCUUGUUGUCACCAGAUGUUAACAGAACGCAGACUUCAGCAGACAUAGAUGCCAUAACAAUCACAGCUCUCAUUUAAAACCCAUUGAUCUCACAUGCCCCCUGUCCGUCCUCUCCUUCUGACCGUCCUAACUUUGGCUCCAAACUUUUCCACUUGCUGUCCCACUCACUUCUGCUCUCGUCUGUAUUCAACUCUGCCCCUUCUAUCGCUGUCUCCUUUUUCCUGUCAGAGCGACUGUCUCUGAAGUUCAACUAUACCAGGGGUCAACUAUCCCAGAACAUCACUCCAACACCAGGGAGGGAUAACCUCAUGGGUGGCCACAGGAUGAUGCUUUCCUUAUAAGCACCUGACCUGCCACCUGACUGGCAGGUCAGGUGAAACUGCUUGAGAGAGUGAAAAUGAACCAAGGAGGUGAAAAAUCAACAUUAUGAAGUAGGUAGUGAGCUUCCAUAGGUUAGACACAUCUGCUCUUAAGUGAGUCCCAGUUGGAGUCGCAGUUAAAGUUCUGAGGUGCGACCGACUCAAUAGCAGAAGUGAGACAGUCUUCAAACAGUAGCAGAGUUUAUCAAACGCAACAGAGUCCAAAGGUAAUCCAAAAUCAAUACUCCAGAACCGCGUCGGUGGUGGGAAAAGGCAAACAAAGAUCCAAAACAAGAAACUCAGGAAUCCACUGACAGAGAAUAAUAAACACAGGAGGUGGGGAACAGCUAGAGGCUCGCGCUCCGGUGGGACCAAACAGAGAGGUAAUAGAGUCACUUACUCAACAAAAAAUGCUGGCAAGAAUGUGAAGAAGCAACGUCCGGUACCAGUACAAUGGCACCAAGCCCUUUGAAUCAAGUGGCAUAUAACGACACGUUUGUUGGUAUAUAUAUAUAUAUAUAUAUAUAUAUAUAUAUAUAUAUAUAUA